UAAAGCUACUGUCGGUCUCAUUCGGCCACACAACAUGGACACUCAGUCGUAUCUCCCCGUGCAGCCCGGUGUGGGCAUGCAGGAGAGCUUCCUGUCUCUAGACGACAUCCUGCUCUCACACGAGAGACUUCCCAUCCGGACGGAGUGCAGCUUUCCUCGGCUGGGCUUUCUGGAGAAGUCGAGUGACACGCAGGAUAUACCGGAGGGUACGAAGAUGGAGCUUCCUUUGUGGCUGUCCAAGGGUCUGUACGAGAAGAAGAGGAGAGUGUUGUCAGUUGAGCUUCCGAAGGUGUACAGAGAGGGCUGGAGGACUGUGUUCAACGCAGACCCCAACGUGGUGGAUCUGCAUAAGAUGGGGCCCUACUACUACGGCCUGGGAUCCCAGAUGCUGCACUUUGACAGCCCAGAGAACCCAGAGAUCGCACAGACGCUGCUGCAGACGUUCAUUGGUCGGUUCAGACGGAACAUGGACUCCUCCCAGAAUGCCUACAACGAGGACACGUCUGCGCUGGUGGAGCGUCUGGACUGUCUGGAGAGGGCUCUGUUCACGUCCGGGCAGAGCGGCCUCAACGGCUUCCAGAGCUGGGAGAAAGGCCAGGCCUCACAACUCACCGCCUCCAGUCUUGUUCUCAACUACCGCAAGAGGAAGAUCACCGAUAUGCAGCCCUGACCUCGGCACUGAGGUUAAAAGAUACAGACUCUGGUCAGAACUUAGACAGAGCACGACGGCAGCACUGACAAAUCACCACCCUCUACCUUUGAGCCACGCUGUCUGUGGUGGGACGAGGAUACAUUUUCAUUACUUUGUCAUAUUGUGUGAGUUUCACGUAAUCUCGACAAUUUGACAAUGUGUUCAUAAUCGCUACGUGUUUCAUCACUAGUGCCGAAACCGUUGAUUUUUGAUGGACAUUCAGUUGAUUAUGAAUCGUUGGUUGCUGAAAUUUUGAUUGUUGAUUAAUUGUUUUAAUGUGUAUCAAGUAAAGAUUCCUAACAUUUGCUGGUUACAGCUUUACAAAUGAAAA